CAGCUGUCAAAAAGCUAUUGAUGGACGGAACCACACAACAAAGUAGUUUUUAGUUAAAUGCUAGAAAUCGAGAUAUGGAGGUAGUGAGCCGUGCUCAGUGGAGGGCGAGGUGCCCAAAGUCAUCAACAUAUCUAGAACUACCAGUUUCUAGAGUGUUCUAUGCACACACCAACACCUCUCCUUGCUCAUGCCCAGAUACCUGUGCCGAUGAGUGUAGAAGACUUCAGAAUCAGCAUCGUAUUGUGCUGCAGGACAUACGCUUCAAUUUCUUAGUUGGCGGUGACGGGUUAGUCUAUGAGGGAAGAGGUUGGGAAUCGUGCCCAAGCUUAGACCACGGAUAUGCAGAUUUCGAAGAAUACAGUAUAUACAUUGGUUGUAUUGGAAAACAAACAACUUUUAACAACGAUGAGCUCUUCUUCGUUCUUCAGGAGUUUGUAAAUAUGGCUGUAGGAAUGAAGUACAUCACUGAAGAUUACAAUUUGGAAUUCAUCGAAACAUAG